GCCCCCUCCGUCCCAGAGGGCUGGCUGGCUAAGUCCCUUCUCCUCCUGGCUCUCCGUCUCACUAGCUGCGGCUCUCGGUGCAGCGGGGACGGGGCGAAGCGGCCUGCGCACACGGAGCGUACAACACUGCCCGGAACGCACUGCCACCGUUGCCCCUUCAGCCGCCCACUCGGGAUCUCCAGCGGCCUCCGCGCGCGCACGAUGCCCUCGGCCACCAGCCACAGCGGAAGCGGCAGCAAGUCGUCUGGACCGCCGCCCCCGUCGGGUUCCUCUGGGAGUGAAGCGGGGGCUGGAGCCGCUGCACCGGCUUCUCAGCACCCCGCAACCGGCACUGGUGCUGUCCAGACCGAGGCCAUGAAACAGAUUCUCGGGGUGAUCGACAAGAAACUUCGGAACCUGGAGAAGAAAAAGGGCAAGCUUGACGAUUACCAGGAGCGAAUGAACAAAGGUGAAAGGCUUAAUCAAGAUCAGCUGGAUGCCGUAUCUAAGUACCAGGAAGUCACAAAUAACUUGGAGUUUGCAAAAGAAUUACAGAGGAGUUUCAUGGCAUUAAGUCAAGAUAUUCAGAAAACUAUAAAGAAAACAGCACGACGGGAGCAGCUUAUGAGAGAAGAAGCUGAACAGAAACGUUUAAAAACUGUGCUUGAGCUGCAGUAUGUUUUGGACAAACUGGGAGAUGAGGAAGUGCGCACUGACCUGAAACAAGGCUCGAACGGCGUGCCGAUCCUGUCCGAAGAGGAGCUGUCCCUGCUGGAUGAGUUCUACAAGUUAGCCGACCCCGAGCGGGACAUGGGCUUGAGGUUGAAUGAGCAGUAUGAACACGCCUCCAUUCACCUGUGGGACUUGCUGGAAGGCAAAGAAAAAUCUGUAUGUGGAACAACCUAUAAAGCUCUAAAGGAAAUUGUCGAGCGCGUUUUCCAGUCAAACUACUUUGACAGCACUCACAACCACCAGAAUGGGCUGUGUGAGGAAGAGGAGGCAGCCUCAGCACCUGCCGUUGAAGACCAGGUAGCUGAAGCUGAACCUGAGCCAGCUGAAGAAUACACUGAACAAAGUGAGGUAGAGUCAACGGAGUAUGUAAAUAGACAAUUUAUGGCCGAAACACAGUUCAGCAGUGGUGAAAAGGAGCAGGUAGAUGAGUGGCCAGUUGAAACAGUCGAGGUGGUAAAUUCACUCCAGCAGCAGCCUCAGGCUGCAUCUCCUUCAGUACCAGAGCCCCACUCUUUGACACCAGUGGCUCAGGCAGAUCCGCUUGUGAGGAGACAGCGAGUACAGGACCUUAUGGCGCAAAUGCAGGGGCCUUAUAACUUCAUACAGGAUUCCAUGCUGGAUUUUGAGAACCAGACACUUGAUCCUGCCAUUGUAUCUGCACAGCCUAUGAAUCCAGCACAAAACAUAGACAUGCCCCAGCUGGUUUGCCCUCCAGUUCAUUCUGAAUCUAGACUUGCUCAACCUACUCAAGUUCCUGUACAACCAGAAGCUACACAGGUUCCUUUGGUUUCGUCCACGAGUGAGGGAUAUACAGCAUCUCAACCCUUGUACCAGCCAUCUCAUGCUACAGAGCAACGACCACAAAAGGAACCAAUUGACCAGAUUCAGGCAACAAUCUCUUUAAAUACAGACCAGACUACAGCAUCAUCAUCCCUUCCUGCUGCUUCUCAGCCCCAAGUGUUCCAGGCUGGGACAAGCAAACCUUUACAUAGCAGUGGAAUCAAUGUGAAUGCGGCUCCAUUCCAAUCCAUGCAGACGGUGUUCAAUAUGAAUGCCCCAGUUCCUCCUGUUAAUGAACCAGAAACUUUAAAACCGCAGAAUCAGUACCAGGCCAGUUAUAACCAGAGCUUUUCCAGUCAGCCUCACCAAGUAGAACAAACAGAGCUUCAGCAAGAACAGCUUCAAACAGUGGUUGGCACUUACCAUGGUUCCCAGGACCAGCCCCAUCAAGUGACUGGUAACCACCAGCAGCCUCCGCAGCAGAACUCUGGAUUUCCUCGGAGCAGUCAGCCCUAUUACAACAGUCGUGGUGUAUCUCGUGGAGGCUCUCGUGGUGCUAGAGGCUUGAUGAAUGGAUACAGGGGCCCUGCCAAUGGAUUCAGAGGAGGAUAUGAUGGUUAUCGCCCUUCAUUCUCUAACACUCCAAACAGUGGUUACACACAGUCUCAGUUCAGUGCUCCCCGGGACUAUUCUGGCUAUCAGCGGGAUGGAUAUCAGCAGAAUUUCAAGCGAGGCUCUGGGCAGAGUGGACCACGGGGAGCCCCACGAGGUCGUGGAGGGCCCCCAAGACCCAACAGAGGGAUGCCGCAAAUGAACACUCAGCAAGUGAAUUAAUCUGAUUCACAGGAUAAUGUUUAAUCGCCAAAAACACACUGGCCAGUGUACCAUAAUAUGUUACCAGAAGAGUUAUUACCUAUUUGUUCUCCCUUUCAGGAAACCUAUUGUAAAGGGACUGUUUUCAUCCCAUAAAGACAGAACUACAAUUGUCAGCUUUAUAUUACCUGGACAUGGAAGGAAACUAUUUUUACUCUGCAUGUUCUGUCCUAAGCGUCAUCUUGAGCCUUGCACAUGAUACUCAGAUUCCUCACCCUUGCCUAGGAGUAAAACAUAAUAUUCUUUAUGGGGUGAUAAUAUCUCCAUAGUUAAUCGAAGUGGCUUGGAAAAAGCAAGAUUGACUUUUGACAUUGGAUAAACAUCUACAAAUCAGCCCUAGGAUUAUUCAGUGGUAAUUGACAAAAAUAUUUCCCUUGAAAGGAAGAUGGAAAGAGUGUGGUAUGGCAGAAAAACUGCAUUUCACAGCUUUUCUAGUUAAAUUGGAGCACUGAACGUUUAGAAGCAUACCAAAUUACGCACGGGCCCUUAAUCACACAUACAAGGUUGGCUACUGACUUUGACAUAGUACUAUUCAUCCUCUGGCCAAAGGACUGGUUAAAAAUACAUCUGACUUCUUAAUAGCUGAUAUGUGUAAGACAAAGCCAAAAUGCAAAAUUAGGCUUUGAUUGGCACUUUCUUUGAAAAAUAUGCAACUAAUAUGGGAUGUAAUCUGGAUAAAUAUGGGAUGUAAUCUGGAUGGCCACUCUGUACUUAAUGUGAAGUAUUUAGAUAUCUUUUUGAACACAUAACAUUUUCUUUGACAAUGGCUUUUGUAAGGAUUGGUACUAUAUAUCAUUCCUUAUGAUGCUCAUUGCUUAUCACUAAUCCUUGGAAUUUGCUGUAUUGUCACUUAAAUUGGAACAGGUACUGAUAAAAAUCUAUGAUGGGUAAUCAUAACACUCUUGGUCACAUGUUUUCCUGCAGCCUGAAGGUUUUUAAAAGAUACCAAAUGCCUGCUGCUACCACCCUCUUAAAUUGCUAUCUUUUGAAAAGCACCAGUAUGUGUUUUAGAUUGAUUUCCCUAUUUUAGGGAAAUGACAGACAGUAGUUUCAGUUCUGAUGGUAUAAGCAAAACAAAUAAAACAUGUUUUUAAAAGUUGUAUCUUGAAACACUGGUGUUCAACAGCUAGCAGCUUAUGUGAUCCACCCAUGCAUAGUUAGUGUAUAGAUUUUGUGGUCAUCUCCAGCAGCUACUUCUACAGUACUUGCACUUACCUUCUGUCUAACCCUAAUUGAAUAAUCCUUUUCUCAUGGAGGUAUUAUUCAUACUCAAAGUGGUGACUCCUUCCCUUAGAUGCAUAAGGAGAGUCACAGAUUUGGUGGAGAUUGACAGUUGAGUCAUUCACAUGCUAAGCUGGGGAUAUGCGCUAGCAGUGUAAGCACUAGUUCUGUGUGCCUGUGGACUUAAUGCUGCUUGUCGUAUCCCACUCUGACUUCAUGGAGAACUAGGCCGACCUAGCAAGCAAAGGCUGCCAAGUUCAUGGUAUUUUCUGUGCAGAAAUUAAAUUUUGUUUUCAGCCUUCAGCUAAGGAAUAUUUGCAGUAGGUGCUCAACUACUUAAAACACACACACACAGCUCUCAUUCAUUGUUAGACAACUGGAGUUUCCACUGGUUUUGUAGCCCACUAAAAUGGAUAGGCUGUUGAACAUUCCACAUUGAAAAGUUUUGUAGGGUGGUGGGGAAGGAGGGGAUCUUCAAUGUUUAUUUUAAAAUAAAGUCAGUUCUUGACUUUUCUCAUGUGUGGUUGUGGUACAUCAUAUUGGAGGGUUAUCUGUUUACAUUUGCAAAUGAGUCUCUUGUUAGCAAAUGACAUCUGCCUGGGAUGUACCACAACCAUAUGUUAGUUGUAUUUUAGAAGGAUUAGACAAGUGUUCAUGGUUUAUUGGGUGGUCCCUAGGUGUAUGCUUACAGUCCUUUACAUAACGCUAAAUGUGCUAUCGGUGUCGAAAAUAAUUGCAGGAUAUUUACAAUCAAAAUUGAACUAAGUAAGUUCUUUUUACAGUGAUUUUUAUGAAUUAGUUCAGAGAUGGGAUGGGGAGAAAUGCUUUCUAGAUUUCAAAAUUCUAUGCAUUAGUGCAGAUGUGAAUGUGCAAAAGGUGUUAGUUUGAUUAUUUCUCUGUAUGUUUUUUAAAGGAUUGUUUCUUUCUGAAGUACUAUAUAUUAUUUUUGGCAUUCUACAAUUGCAGUUUAAAUGUAAAACUUUUAUGCCUCAAUUCAGACUAUAUUUUUUAAAGGAAUGCCUCAUUAUGGGGCAGAGAACUUUUUAACAAGUUCCAUUAAGAUCUCAGUCUUGGCCCUAAGUGUUCUGUGUAAUACACUUCCUGCCUGGAGAAGGCCUUUUGUUUGGUCAAAUGGCAUAGUUUAACAGUUGCAAGGAAAUGAUUGUCACAUAUGUCACUGUAGCUUCUUGGUAUAGUGAGACUCCACACAUACAGAACUGUAAAUGCACAGUAUCAAUCAUCUCACAUGAACAAUGAGACUUCUGUUUUAAAGCUUUAAGGUAGAAUGUCAUAGAUUGCCUUGGUUAGGGCAGUUUUCUUUUCAGAUCCUAAUAUCCCUAAAGAAUAUGGGAUACUUUUUCCUGAUCAUUGUAUCUUGAUACUAAAAUAGCCUUUAAAUAUUUUUAAUCAGUUAGCUUCUGUAGUUCCUUUGUCUCCUGUAUAGGCAACAUGGGAGACUUCCCACUUAUAGGAGACAUGAGAAUGUGUGUUUAUUAUCAGAAAGCUCAUUAACUGAGGUGCUCUGUUGACAACCAAUUCAUAAAAUGUAGAAGGUAGUUGAGUAGUCAGCCUUCUAAGUGUCUUAGGAAAUUUGUACUGUUCAUUUCAUUUUCAGUAAUGUAUCUUGGGGGGUUUGGGAGUACAGGUAAGUGCUGAGUUCAAACCCUUCAUUUAAUCUCUAAGCUCCCAAAUCUCCAACUCCCUUGAGUUCUUGUUAAGUGCUCUUAAGUUUUGUUGACUAAGUUAUAUUGAAAAGAAUUGGUAUUGCCCUUGAGCUUAUCCCUUUUAAAGAGGUAAUGGGGAAGGAAAACCUUCAGUAAAAUGAAGGCUCAUCUCUAUACUUUUUCCAUUUUCGAAUUCUACAAAAAUACUGGAAAGACUAGUGAAUGUUUUAAAUUACAUUAGAUUAAAUCAUAUUAAAAUCUGA